UCUGACUCAUGUUGCUCCAUUCUCCACUAAAAUAAACUAAAAUAAGAGUAGAACCAGGCUCAGACACGGAGUCUCUGUAUAGACUGCAGGCUGUGGGUCUGUUAGUGGUUCUCCUGGUGUUCUCCCUCAGAUAUCUGGAUAUUUACCAGAUAAACUCAGAGAUGUGUUCUCAGACUAGAGCCGCGGCUCUGAUGGCGGACCUCCCCCGGGCUGACAUCGACCCGUCCGGGGUCUUCAAGUACGUCCUGAUCCGGGUCCACAGCCGGGAGGAGGGGGACGACUCGGAGCUGGACAUAGUCCGAGGCUACGGCUGGGCCGAGUUCCACGCUGAUAUCUAUGACAAAGUUUCUGAGGAGCUGGAGAAAGGAGGCCAGCUGGACUGUGAGUGUGUCGGAGGGGGAAGAAUCAAACACGACGCUGAGGCCAAGAAGCUCCACGUCUACGGAUACUCUAUCGGAUUUGGAAGAGCGAACCACGCAGUAACCACUGAGAAACUGAAGGAACAGUAUCCAGACUACGAGGUGACCUGGGACAACGAAGGAUACUGAACUGGACUGAGAUCAAUAAUUUCUCCUGGACUGACCUUUGACCCCUCAUAGCAACACAGAGCUUCAUUAAGAAGAAGCAUUCACAGUCUAAUCAGG